ACUAGAGCAUAAUGGAAAUUAGGGUUCUUGCGCGAGAGGUUUUUAGGGUAUAUGCGUCUCCGCGAUGGCGACGACGCAAUGCCGCGGCAAGGCGGCCUCCAUCGCCAAGGAGGCGGCGGCGGCUGCGCAAGCCGGGAUGGCCACGGCCAGGGAGAAGCUGCCUCGGCCGAUCGCACGCACGGAGCUCAACGGUGUGCUGGCCACGGAUUGCGUGAUGCAGUUUGGGGAGUACAAGGGGCGGAGCCUCGGAUCGCUGCCGAGCGGCUACCUUGGCUACCUUGCCUCCAAUCUCAGGUACCGCGAUGGCGCCAAGCAAGAAUGCGCGCAGCUAGCCGAGGGCGUGCUCCAGCUCCGUCGCGAUUACCGCGCGUCCCAGGUCCAUCUCAAGUACCGCAUCAUCCACGCCGUGGACAGGAGCUUGAAGAGAUCCAGCGCGGGCAAUGCCCUGGCAGAGAUUGAUCGGCAGAACGUGAGCGAUCCAGCGCUGGUCUAUGGAUCGCUCCUCCGCCGGUGCUGCCGCCACAAAUCCCUGGAAGAAGGUAGGAGAGUCCACAAGCACAUUGCCGAGAAUAAUCUCAUGGUGAACAGGUACCUGGGCAACUUGGUGGUACACAUGUAUGCCCAGUGUGGCAAGUUCCUGGAUGCCAAGGCGGUGUUCGACUCCAUCGCCAGCAAGAACGACAGGACUUACGCGAUCAUGAUCGCGGCGUGCGUGAGGGAGGGCCGCCCCUUGCAAGCGCUGGAGCUCUGGGGGGAGAUGGAGGAGCGAGGCAUCGUCGCGGACAAGUUUAUAGUGACGAGCUUGGUGGCGGCUUGCACCAAGCUCCAGGCGCUCGAGGAGGGGCGGCGGCUCCACGAGCACCUGAUCAUCACGGGCUUCCGGACGGACAUCCCGCUCGAGACGGCCUUGCUCCAGAUGUAUGCUAAGUGUGGCAGCCUCGACGAUGCGAAGAGGGUGUUUGAGGGGAUGGAGAUCAAGGACUUAUUCGCGUGGUCGUCGAUCAUCGCGGCGUAUGCUCGCGCCGGGCGGGGAGAGAUGGCGGUGGUGCUGUACAGGAGGAUGAUCGCCGAGGGGGUGGAACCCAACGUGGUGACUUUCGCUUGCGCUCUUGGUGGCUGUGCUAGUGUUGCGGGCCUGGCUGAUGGACGAGCGAUCCACCAGAGGAUUCUAGCGUCCAAGGUUCCGCAGGACGAUGUUCUACAGGACUCUCUGCUCAACAUGUAUCUCAAGUGUGACGAGAUGGUGGAGGCCAGGAAGGUGUUCGAGGGGAUGAAAGCCAGGAACGUCAGGUCCUACACGGCGAUGAUAUCGGCCUACGUCCAGGCUGGGGAGCACGCGGAAGCUCUGGAGCUCUUCUCCAGGAUGAGCAAGGUGGAGGCUAUCGAACCGAACGCUUAUACGUUCGCCACCAUCCUGGGUGCUGUUGAAGGGCUGGGGAACUUGGAGAAGGGGAGGAAGGUCCACAGGCACCUGGCUUCGCGGGGAUUCGACACGAACGUUGUCGUCCAGAACGCGCUGGUGACAAUGUAUGGGAAGUGUGGGAGCCCGGUGGAAGCUCGGAAGGUCUUCGACUCCAUGACGGCUAGGAACGUGAUCUCCUGGACUUCGAUGAUUGCGGCCUACGCUCAGCAUGGGAAUCCACAGGAGGCUCUCAACCUUUUCAAGAGGAUGGACGUGGAGCCGAGUGGUGUGAGCUUCUCCAGUGCUCUCAAUGCCUGCGCACUGCUGGGAGCUUUGGACGAAGGCCGAGAGAUUCAUCACCGAGUUGUGGAAGCCAAUCUCGCGUCCCCGCAGAUGGAGACUUCCUUGCUCAGCAUGUACGCGAGGUGUGGAAGCCUGGACGACGCGAGGCGCGUGUUUAACAGGAUGAAGACGAGAGACGCCUUCUCUUGUAAUGCGAUGAUCGCCGCCUUCACACAGCACGGUCGUAAGAAACAGGCACUCAGGAUUUACAGGAAGAUGGAGCAGGAAGGUAUUCCAGCCGACGGAAUCACGUUCGUGAGCGUCCUGGUUGCUUGCAGCCAUACUUCACUCGUGGCUGAUUGUCGAGAUUUCCUCCAGUCUUUGGUGAUGGACCACGGGGUGGUACCAUUGGUGGAGCACUACCUUUGCAUGGUGGACGUUCUGGGCCGCUCGGGAAGACUGGGAGAUGCCGAAGAGCUGGUGGAAACUAUGCCAUAUCAAGCAGACGCAGUGGCCUGGAUGACUUUACUGUCGGGUUGCAAGCGCCACGGUGACUUGGAUCGUGGCGAGAGAGCCGCCAGGAAAGUUUUCGAGCUAGCACCGGCAGAGACUCUCCCUUACGUCUUCCUCUCCAACAUGUACGCCGCUGCCAAGCGAUUUGACGACGCUCGAAGAGUCCGGAAGGAGAUGGAGGAGCGCGGAGUGACGAGGCCAGUGGCAGUAAGCUACAUCGAGAUUGACAACGAGCUACACAUGUUCACGAGUGGUGGUAGAGACGAGCAGCAGGAGGGUCACGACGGCCGGACGAUGGAGAGGGUCCGGUCCCUGCUGGUGGAACUUUUAGAGCCCAUGAAGCAAGCUGGAUACGUCCCCGACACGAGGGAAGUUUACUUGGAGCAGCAGGGUGUCACAAGCGAGGAGGAGAAACAACGUAGCCUGUGUUUCCACAGCGAAAGGCUUGCCAUCGCCUACGGAUUGAUCGCUGCCAAAGAUCCAGACGAUUCUCGUCCGCUGAGAGUCGUCAACAGCCACCGGGUGUGCUCCGGCUGCCACUCUGCGAUCAAGCUCCUCUCAGAUAUCACUGAGAAGAGGAUUUUUGUGAGAGAUGGGAGCCGGUUCCACCACUUUGAGAAGGGAGCCUGCUCGUGUGGGGAUCACUGGUGAAGUUACGUUUCUUUAUGUU